AUCUAGGCGUUAAUCUGUAGAAAUAUAUCUCGGAUCCACUGUAUACAAUCUUCAAAGCGGCCAGCGCGGGUUCUUUUGGCACCAGAUAAACACAGAAACUCUACCUCAGCGUAUUUAUUUCGCAAAACUGUCACGAUAACUGUUCUUCAUCCAGUCCAGACCAUUAGGCACGGUAUAUUCUCCAUAUGUAUAUCCAUCGUCGACGAUGUCGUUAGACCCCCUCAUGUGUCCCCCCCCUGCGUUUGCUUCAUCAGUGACUGCGUGAACUCCGGGAAGUCUGCCCAUGACAAUACCGCUGAUUACUCGAACAUUUCAAGCUGUGGUAAUUAGUUUUCAUGGCAAUUAGUCUUGUAGCAGCGGACAAUGGCAUCAUCACAUUUUGGUUAGCGGUUCCUGGAAGCUGCUUGGUUCCAUGUCAACACGUAAGUGGUAAUCCCGAUCCCUUCUAUUGGCUGUUCCCAGCAUUAUCAGGAUUAUCGAAACAGGAUUAUAUUCUUUAAAAAUACAAAAUGCAUUUCAGAGCUUGAUAAAACACAACGGCCUCAAUUCCAAACCAUCAUCAUAAUCCGAUAAUUGCGGAUGCCAUCUUUGUGCCUGAAGUUUGAGACGAACUUGACAUAAGGGAGGAAGGCGUUCGGAUUGUAGGUACUGUUAGUCAAUGCCGUGAAAAUCGAUACACAUUGUUUAGAUACAGGGAAACGCGUGACGUCAUGGCUGCAGUAUGAAGGUUCGAAUGCCUGGGGACCGUCUUUGAUCGAAACCUUCGUACAUGUUGUAGACUGGAAUAUACGUUAUGUCAUUGAUCUGGAAGGUUCGGCCUCGUGAAGAGCGUGGCAGCUACAUGCAAUAUUAAUGUAUAAUCAGCAGAAAUGAUGUAACCACCGUUUGUAAUUAUGCAAUGGGGACAUACCAUUUACCCCCAUCCCCUUUCCACCCCUUCAAGGUCCCACACCUGACUGAUACACCUCCCGUGGGGCACCAUCUCACUCCAGCGUCGUGCACAGCUUCCGGGACAUAGUCAGCUGGUGGCCGAUCAUGUAAUAUGUUAAUAUGCAUUAUAACUCGGCGAUCGUUGUCGUAACACAAGACCCCGAUUCCACCUACCAAACAUAUGAAAAGGAACGAGCGACGCUACUUUGCCUUCAUUGUUACCAUAGCGACUUGAUCGCAGGAAUAUCCUUGUAUCGACACUGAUAGGGCGAGGGAUGUCCACAUGCAUGCAAGGAUACAACGGCAGAUCGAAGCGGUCGGCAUUACUGUGCAGUAGCCAUACUAGAUAGCAGCAGGCUGGUGGGAGAGCGAUGCGUCCAACUGGCGCCUGACAGCAGUGAUGUGCGGUAGUAUAUUACGAGCUGCAUUGUUCCUGGUCCAGCGUUCAGAUGGCAGCACGUGUACCGGUCAGUGAUUUUCUGGACGUACCAUGUCCGUCAGCGAUCGUCUAACAUGUGGAUAUGUGGAUACACUUCUCGCCCUGGUCUUCUUAGGACAACAGUGUGUACAGUCAAUCGUGUUUUAGCUCUUGGUUUAUGUUUUAUUUAAAACAAAACAGAAGGCUUGGUGUAUGGGUGUGUGGGCGACAAUGGAGGGGGACGGGCCACCGUUGCCUUCUAGAUGUGUAGCAAGUAGCAUUAGUUGCCCCCCUCGGGUGCCCCCCGCCAUGUUCCGGUGAGGAGCGCCCCCCACCCUUCAUCGUGUCUGCUGUACAAUGAACAAUGCUCUGUGUUAAUCUAUUAAUCCCCAGCGUAUGGAAUACCGUUGUGACCAAACGCCGUGCACAGAUCCAGCAUGAGCGACCCCGAGACGGACGCACCCCCCGACAGCGACAGUGCCGCUCUUGUUGUCGACGACGACGAGAACAAUCAAAAUACACCCAAGAAAUCUCGGAAGAGGUUGUCAGGGGAUGAUCAGCGGAUCCUGCUAAAUGUUGGAGGGGUGCGGCACGAGACGCAUGUGUCAACUCUCCGCAAUAUACCAAACACGCGCCUGUGUCGCUUGGCGGAAGCGCACAUCCUCUCUGGGAAUGGGAGACAGGAGUACUUCUUCGACAGACACCCAGCCGUCUUCAACAGCGUCAUUGACUUCUACAGGACAGGUGAGCUGCACGUGCCGCUAGAGGUGUGUGGAGCUGUGGUGAAGCGCGAGCUGGACUUCUGGCAGGUGAAUGAAUAUGAGAUCCGGGCCUGUUGCUGGCGCCAUUACCGCUCCUACAUAGAGAACCAGAGAAUACUCGACUCCUUCAACCACUCCCUCAGGAAGGAACAGGUGAAUGUGGACCUGAAGGCUCUCACCGGCUGGACGUAUUGGCAGACCAAGAUAUGGCUCAUCCUAGAUCAUCCCAGGACGUCCAGGGCAGCUAUGGUGUACGGUGUGACGUCGUUUCUGUUUGUGGUGACGUCAAUCGCGGGAUUCUGUCUGGAAACACUGCCGGGACUACGACCACGACUCAACGUCUCCCAACCGUGCGACGGUCAACAAGAGGGCAUCGCAAGCGUUCUCAGUUCCCACGAAGCCCUCAACGUCUUGGACGUUAUCUGCACCGUCUUCUUCACAUUGGAGCUCAUACUCAGGUUCAUAUUUGCCCCCAACAAGCUCAAGUUUGUUCGGUCAAUGAUGAAUAUAAUUGACUUGCUAGCCCUUGUACCACUGUACGUUCAAGUGAUAUUUCAACACUCUGCUCUCCAGGCGUGCUACCUGAACGAGCGACUCGUCAUUGAGAUCAUGUUUAUACUGCGCAUCAUUAGGAUGUUUCGUAUCUUCCACCUUGUUAAACAUUACCAGGCUCUCAAAGUGCUUGUUUAUUCUUUGAAGGCCAGUUUACAGGAGCUUUUGAUGUUGUUUAUAUUUCUUCUUAUUGGAAUGCUUGUCUUCGCCACAAUGAUUUACUAUGCAGAAAGAAAGGAUGCUACUAGCCCAAGUGAUACUUUCAACACAAUACCAGUGGGCUUUUGGUGGGCUAUCAUAACUAUGACGACAGUUGGGUACGGUGACGUGUAUCCCAAAACACCAAUAGGUUACAUCGUUGGGACAGCUUGUUCUGUGAGUGGUGUGCUGUUGGUGGCGCUUACUAUCCCCGUCAUUUCCAAUAACUUCACAUUGUUCUACCGGCAUGUCCAGUCUCGCGGGGACUCCCACAAGGACGCAGACGACUCCUUCACAAUGAUCAAUGACAGUUCUCACACCAUCGUCAGGAAGGCCUCUGCAGCUUCUACCCUGGUAGAACCUUACAUGAACGGUUCAGUCGGCAUCCAUGACAAUGAACUAAAGGACAAGUCGUCUCCAAUUUUUGUUCCGAUUGCCAAGUUUUCGGACGCAAAUUCCAUGACGGACAUCGUGCUCCAGAAGUCAUUGUCAGACUACAGCCUCAGAAGAGAUCCCUCCGUGCGCGCGCAUUCUGAUGACGGGGUAGGAUACGAAGGGGAGACAAUCCUGUAAGCGCCAUUGUGUAGGGUCAGUUAACACGAUAGACUCAGCUCUAGAUACAGGCAGUCGUAAAUUCGCUUCACUUCAAUUUCUGUGAUGGUGGUGCGGAAACAAUGUCGGGUCAAGGUUUCGUAAUACGGCUGGUGAGAUGACCAGCAGCCGCUACCGCCACAAACCACGUUGCGGGUUCAAUGACGUCACUGCAUCUCCGUCGGGAUAGUUGUGAGCAAGUGACAUGUGCACAUUCCGUAUCAGUCAAUGAUGAUUACGUUACCGGAAGUGAUUACCCAAAUACAGCGCCAUCUCUGCGAAAGAGGGUCAAUAUAAUUGACCACUUGUGAGGAAAGAAACUAAAUUGUUCCUGGAACGUAAUCUAUGACACUGGCAAUAAUGAAAUAUCUGUUCUGAAUUCUUGAAGAACAUCAAAUAAUCCUGAGAUACAGGCUCACGACUGAUCAAUCGACUAGCAUAUUGUGCAUGAUGUCAUUGUAGCUGUAUGUAGCGCAGGUGCAGAUCCUGUCAAUUUGAAAAUUCUGGCCGCGAGCGCCGGAUGUAUAUACCAGCCAUAAUAUCCUAUGCGAUCCACUUUUUAUGCUAUGCAAGUUUUAUGGGUUUCACUUAAAGUGUUGCGGGGGGGUUGACUUCAAGAAUUUCACAACCGUUCUGUUUACGUGGAAUGCCGGAUUAACCAGUUUUAUAUAAUGCCAAGGCAUGGCGUUCCUAUACUGAAUGAUUUUGUAUUGGUAGGCGUAAUAGAAAGGUUUGUGAUAUGCAAUUGCAAAUAUAUGUACUGUGUCUCUUGCCUUGACGGUAGCAUUCCUAAUAUCCGAGAUAAUUGUAGCCUAGACUAUCGGGAUUCUCGCUCACGCUUCGUUAUUUCACUUCAGUUCAUAUGCAAGUCUUACAAAACCAUUAUUUUGGAAGGUUUAUGUUAAAGAAGGAGAAUACAUUCCUGAAAGGUUGAGAGUGGUGGACUGAGCGAAAAGUCGGAAUAACGAUGAUGACCGAGCUUUCCCGAAUGUCACUUUGGUGAAAGUAGCUAAUUAAUAUUACAUACAUGCCCAGCACGUUCUUCACGUUCUAGAGCACACGCGCACAUUCCUGAAAUAGACGUACAUAUGUAUCAGUACACAUUCACUGAGAAGGACUUCUUCAUUAUUAGAUGACGUGUUGUGUUAUGACGUAGUACCAGCUUAUGCCAUCUGUACCACUCGUGGGUACACAUUCAGCACACACCGGUGAGAGUUGUACUCAAAGCGAUAAUUUGACUGUAGCUAAUGUACCCUUAUAAUAAUAGCGAUAAUUGUGGAGGGUUGCAUGCUCUCAAUUAAAAACUGAUAUAU